AGAUGAUGUCGGUGGAAUUGUUGAGUCUGUCGGAUCUGUCAUCGAGAUGUUCAAACUAAAAAAAUCAACAAUCUUAAGGGACUGUCUUCUAAGUUAAAAGUUACGUAUCACAACACAAGAAUUGGAUACAGAAUCAAGAUCUGUUAGGAUUCAUUUUAUUUGGAUCUGGCCAACUCUACUGUUGGUGUUAAAGUUGAUUAAAGGAAAGUUUAUUAACAAAGAUCGAUUUAUUAAAUUACGUCAGAUAUCAUUUAUUAAAAUUUAACUUGAUCGGCAAUCUAAUAACUUUCUGCAUUUAACUUUGAGCAUACCAUCUGGAUAAUCUCUUUCUCUCUAUCUCAAUAUCAAAUAGACAAAUGAAAGUAGUCUUCAUUCAUCCUGAUCUUGGUAUUGGUGGAGCUGAAAGGCUCAUCUUGGACUUGGGAUUAUCGUUGAAAAGAGCUGGCCAUAAUGUUCAUUAUUUAACUGCACACCAUGAUCCUAAUCACUGUUUUCCCGAAACUAAAGAUGGAACUUUACAAGUUACCGAAGUUGCUGGUAGUUUACCAUCUAAUUUAUUUGGUAUAUUUUUUGCUUUUUGUGCAUACCUGCGGAUGAUUUUCAUCGCGAUAUCUUUGGUUUUGAGGUCUAAAUUUUCGCAUCUGGUCGAUUGUGAUUUGAUUAUUGCUGAUCAAGUAUCAGCUCCAAUUCCAUUCAUCAAGAUGCUAUAUCAUUGGCGUCAACAAAAACCCAAAAUACUUUUUUACUGCCAUUUUCCUGAUUUACUCCAAACAUCAAGAACGAACUGGUUUAAAAGAUUGUAUCGAGCUCCUCUCGAUUGGUUUGAGGAAAAGACAACUGGAAUGGCUGAUUGUAUUUUAGUCAACUCUCAUUUCACGGCCUCCGUUUUUAGAGACACUUUUAAAAGUUUAUCUCAUGUAGAACUCGAUGUUCUUUAUCCAGUGUUUAAAUUUUCAACUUUUGAUAGACCAGUUAAAGAUGUACUUUCUAAAGGUCUUCCCCGUUUACCUAACCAAAUAACAACAAUAUUUCUCUCUUUGAACCGAUACGAGAGGAAAAAACGAGUUGAACUUGCCAUUGAAGCAUUAGCUGAUCUUAAAGAUAAACUUUUUGGCCAAGCGAAACUGUAUGGUACCACACAUCUCAUAAUUGCUGGCGGUUAUGAUGAAAAUCAACUACAAAAUGUUGAAUACCACCAAGAGCUCAAAUUACGAGCUAAAGAGCUUGAUGUAGAAGAUGAUGUCACAUUUCUUAAAUCACCUUCAGAUGAAGAUAAGCAUUUACUAUUACACAGUUGCACAGCUGUCCUCUAUACCCCUGAAAAUGAACAUUUCGGAAUUGUUCCAUUAGAAGCAAUGUACAUGAGCAAACCAGUUAUUGCAUGUAAUUCUGGUGGUCCAUUGGAAACAAUUAAAGACGGCGAAACUGGCUUUCUAUGUAAUCCAGAUUCAGCAAGUUUCGCUGAUAAAAUGUAUAAAUUUGUAGUAGAUAAAAGUCUAGCUCGAGAAAUGGGUCGAGAAGGAAGAGAACAUGUAAAGAAAAAUUUUUCUAUUCAACAAUUUGACAAGAAAUUGAUAGGAUUGGUCGAUAAAUUGGUUUCCAAAUAAAUUGAUCAAAUUUACCACAUUAAAAAUUAUUUUCUUAUUUAAUUGUAUUUAAAUAUUUAUCCUUGCCACAACUAUACAUACACGAAAUUAAAUUACACAAACUGAUCAAU